AUAGCUAGGUGUCUAAAUUGAAGAGUAGGUGAGAAGAAAAAAGAGAGAGGCCGAAAUGGGAGAAUUUAGAUCGUGUUUUGUGAGCAUCAUCAUCAUGAUCUUGCUCCUCCUUUGUUUGAGUGCGAAAAGGGCUAGUGCAGCACCAAGUGAGGCACAAUGCAGGCUGGAAAGGAAGCUUGGGAUUAAUGCCUGCAAGCCUGUUGUGUAUGGAAAGCCUCCUUCAGCUGAUUGUUGUGAGCGUGUUAGAGUCACUGAUAUUGAGUGUGUUUGCCCUGUUAUCACUCCCAAGUUGGCUGCCCUUAUCGACCUCAAUCGAGCUAUUCGCCUUGUUGAAGGUUGCGGAAGGAGGGUCCCUCGUCACUUCAAGUGUGGAAGUAUCACCACACCCUGAGCCCACUGGAUAGUCUGGCAGCUUACACAAUACAAGUGCAAUCACAGUUUCUACUUGUGUGCUUUGUUUUGAUAAUAAAAUGAUAAGAGAUUGUAUCCUAACGUGGUGCCAAACAAUAGAUGCGAUACAAAAUAUGUAAUUUAUAUGGUGAUUUCCACAGUCUUUCCCUUACUUGAUCUAUAGUUAUCUACGCGGAAAGGCAUCUUAAGCUUUGUAUGAUUUUGGUAACUGAAUAAAGAAGUGUCACUAUUGUGUAGAAGUUGC